AUGCCGCCGCCGCCGCCGGGAGCCCGGGACCGAGCCCGGGACCGAUCCUGGGACCGAGCCCGGGACCGAUCCUGGGACCGAGCCCGGGACCGAUCCGGAUCCCUGGCUGGAUCCCGGGAUGGAUCCCGGGGUGAUUCCCGGGACGGAUCCCGGGGUGAUUCCCGGGACGGAUCCCGCGCUGAUCCCCGGAGCGAACCCCGCUGCGGAUCCCGGGACGGAUCCCCAUCCCCGGCCGCAUCCCCGGCCGGAUCCCGGUGCGGAUCCCGCUCGGAUCCCCGGGGCGGAUCCCGGGGCGGAUCCCGGGGCUCCCCGGGCCGCCCCCAGCGCUACCGGCGCCACCCCAAACCCCCGUACUCGUACCUGGCGCUGAUCGCGCUCGUCAUCCGCGCCGCCCCCGGCCGCCGCCUCAAGCUCGCACAGAUUAUCCAGCAGCUCCGGAGCCUGUUCCCGUUUUUUGGGGGAGGAUAUCAGGGCUGGAAAGAUUCCGUGCGCCACAACCUCUCCUCCAACCCCUGCUUCGCCAAGGUGCUGAAGGACCCCUCCAAACCCCAAUCCAAGGGGAAUUUCUGGACCGUGGACGUGUCCCGGAUCCCCCCGGCCGCUCUCAAGCUGCAGAACACGGCGGUGGCUCGCGGCAGCGGCGGCGGCGUCACCCCCUUCGUCCCCGACCUGUCCCCCUUCAUCAUCUCGGGGUGUCCCUACCCCCCUUCCCCUCCUCCUCCUCUGCCCACGUCCUACAGCACGGCCGUGGCCCCCAACGCCGUGGCCCCGGUGGGGACAGGGGGGACCCCGAUUUUGGCUUUAAAUUGGGGGGUCCUGCAGCUUCCCCCUCCCCAAAAUUUGGGGGAGCCCCGGCUGGAGUCGGAUUUUGGGGGGGUGGGGGCGGCGCCCCCCAAUAAAAGCGUCUUUGACGUCUGGCUCAGCCACCCCGGGGACAUCGCCAUCAGGGGCGCCGCCGUCGCCAUGGAGACGGCCCCGCCUCGGGCAGCGGCGGUGGCGGCGGGCAGGGCCGGAGGCCUCAACGGGGACAGCGAGGGGACAACGAGGGGACAGCGAGGCGACAACGGCCGGUAA